UGGGGGAAUAGAGGGGCAGAGAGAGAUUUAAGUACUGAUAGGUGGUCGAGUUGUGUUUGGCCGGGUGGAUAUGCGCAAGCAAAGUCUAGGAGCUUUAUUUCCCCUCUCUGAUGGGAUUAUUGCCAGCGAUGGGCAGAGAGAGGAAGGAGGGUCAGCGCCUGCGUUUCUUGAUUUUCACGGUUAUAAUCUUACCGAGCAUCGCAACGGGACACUGACCUCCGUGAAUUCUGCGUUAGGAAGCCUUUAACGGUGCUUAAAAUACAGGAAAAGAGAGUUGCAUGUUGUAUGAAACCAGAAAGAGGCACGGCUAUGACGACUGAGAAUUCCCAGCAACAUCUGGAUCUAUCCAAUCCUCUGCGCGCAAGUCCAGCGGCCGGUGCUCUAAGUGCAUCUCUGCUGAGCGCACAGCCAGUGAUGGAGAGCGCGCAUAAUGAAUCAGCUAAAGGGAAAAAGGGAAACUCCGGCUUGAGGCGCCCCGAAAAGCCUCCCUACUCAUACAUUGCCUUAAUUGUGAUGGCUAUUCAAAGCUCGCCAACUAAAAGGCUUACUUUAAGCGAAAUAUAUCAGUUUCUCCAGGCCAGAUUCCCCUUCUUCAGGGGAUCAUACCAGGGAUGGAAAAAUUCCGUCAGACAUAACCUGUCUCUGAACGAGUGCUUUAUAAAACUACCCAAAGGUCUAGGCAGACCUGGCAAAGGGCACUACUGGACCAUCGACCCUGGCAGUGAGUUUAUGUUUGAGGAGGGCUCGUUUCGUCGCAGACCCCGGGGGUUCCGGAGGAAAUGCCAAGCUUUAAAACCAAUGUACAGGAUGAUGAAUGGUAUCGGGUUUGGUGCAUCCAUGCUGUCCCAGAACUUUGAUUUCCAAUCACCCGCAGGCUCAUUAGCAUGUCAUAACAGCUACAACUUAGAUUUAAUGGGUAAUACAGUUCCAGGUGGCUUCGAUGGACUCGGAGGAGGACAUCACCUCCCGCACAUGUCAUCAAGCUCCGGGUCGUCAUAUAUGGCCGCAUGUCAGGUGGCCUCUAACUCAGACUAUUGCCCCGACAGCAGCAGCAGCCCCCUGCAGUCCUCCCCAGCGAUGAUAGGCACUUUGGACUGUCAGUCUCCAUAUGCAAAUGCAGCUUCACAUUGGAGUACACCUGGUGUGUCAUCGUACAUCAAACAGCAGUCGGUGAGAUCAAGCAGUCCAAACUCCUCAGCGGUACACGCGGGAAUGACGUCUUAUGCGCUGGAUCAGGGCUAUUUGCACCAUAAUGCACGAGAUUCUGACAUUUCAGUGGGAUUGUCUCGAUAUUCCAGCCACUCAGCUCCCGUGUGUGACAGGAAGGAAUUCGUUUUAAACCUUCAUCCCAACAGCAGUGGAUCUUAUUAUCAUCAGCUCCAUCAUCAUCAUCAAAGCGUCUAUCAGGACGUAAAGCCAUGUGUAAUGUGACAAGAAGAGGCAAAGUGGUUCCUAAAAUAAAAACCCCAAAUCCACUUCAUUUAAGUUAAGCCCUCGGCGGAGUGAUUCUAACAUAACAUUUCCUUAUACGGCAGCUUAUGAAGCACAUCUUUCUUUCCAGUGAACUUUGACCUUUCAAUUUCUUCAGUAAUCAUUUUGUUGUGGGGACUUGUUUUAGCACUUCACGUUUUCCUUAUGCGACUGACGUCACACACAUGGAUAAGCAAUAUCUAUAUUGUACCAAAAACGUCAAUAUAUCUGAACUUUUCAUGCGCACUUAAUUUUGUUUUGUUUUUUUUCUGAUGGUUAAACUGUUGCUUCUCGCCUGUAAUAAUCCCUAAUCAUUAAAGAGAUUUAUUUUUGAAAGGAC